AUGAUUAACAAGAAGAGCAGAAGAAGUUUGAAGGCUAAAAACGUCAAGAUUCCUGUUAACAUACGUGAGCAGCUCAUUGGUGUAACUGUCAGAGAGGGAGAUGUGAGAGUCUCCGAUGCUGCAAAGCUAUUUGGUCUAUCCAGAUCAACGGUUGACAAUAUCAAAGACACCUUUGUUAACACGGGUAAUAUCGUACCUAAGCCAAGAGGUGGAAGAAUGCCGACUCCCAUCAAAAUCACCAAAGACCAUUCAAAAUUCCUGACAAAAAUCUUGGACGAAGAUGGCACAGUUACGCUGGACACGAUGAGGGACAAGCUUUACGAAAACUUUGAUGACCUCCCAGAGAAAAGGAUUCGAUACGCCAGUAUAUGUCGCCAUAUCGUUGAGGAAAUCGGGACCUGA